AGUCGUACUACCACCGCAACAUAAUUAUCACCUUAUUACCUGACUCUCUCGCAAUUAGUCUCUCUUAUCAACGAAAUUAUAGAACAUAAUAGAUAAUCAAAUUAUAUAUUGAACGAACCCUUCCGUUAGUUUUUUCAAUCUGUUUUUGAGAUCUAAGUAGACUUUUAAACAGUUUCGCCUAAAAUAUUUUAUCUUCUUCGUCUUUAAAUACACCUAUUUCAAUUAUGACGAGUCAGCAUCAAAACCUAUCAAAAGUUAAGAUGGCAAAGUCCGCGACAGACCAGCCUCAGUAUUUUACAAAAGUCGCUAGUAGUAUUGGUCAAAGUUAUACAGCUUUAAAUAGAAACAGACCAUCAACUAUUGGUGGUAGCAGUGGUCGAUUAAAUUUCAGUAACAAUCGAAGCAAUCUUCUGGAAUAUUCACAUGUUCCUCUUCCUGACGAACCUGCGGGCUUAUACGACACACUCAUCACAGAUUCAGAUAUGGCUUUAAUGAAGAAAAAAUUUGUCAAAGUAUCCUCCUCGGGAGAAGUCGAGAUGGACCCAGACAUUGUCGAAUUUUGUGUCAAGAUUACCACCAGCAAAAAAGAUGCAGCGCAUGCCAAAGAAAGUGUAAAGAAACGAAAAGACUUUGUUUUGACAGUUUUAAAAAAGUAUGGAAUACCGGAUGAUGGUGUUCUCGUCUCUACGAUUGUCAAACGAAUGCCUCGCGGAAUAGAUGACCUAGACGAUCUUUACUUGCAAGAAGCUCAGGAGGAGGCUCAUGUGUUGAGGAGAGAUCGACUCGCAAAACAAGAAAACGAAGGAGUAGUUGAAGAUAACGCAGAGAACAAUAAUAACCCCACAGCCAAAGAUGACAUAGCAAAAAAGUUUUUGGUUUAUUUCGAAGAAAUCUGCGUACGAUGCAACAGCCUUGUCCAGUAUUUGAAAGUCUUUUCAAUCUGCAAUGAGAAAUUAGAUCGACAUGUCGAAGUAUCUCGUCCGGUAGUAAAAUUCUCAUCCAAUCGUCGCCAGUUAUACACGCAAAAAGCAGUCCGUCAAGCUAUGGCUCAUGGAAUUCAAAAAGCAAAUGAAAUGAUAUCAAGUUCUAAACCACGCGCAUCUUUGGGUCGUCUCUACUACUCGGUUGAAGACUCGUUGGAAAUUGAACCUGUUCAAGAUUACGACUCGAUUGAUUCUUUCGAGACGUUUACAUGGAAGCGUUUGAACAAGUUGGUAAGAUGCAACUUGACUUCUGUUUUCGAGUUGGAGCACCACAAAGUUCGCAAACUCAUUUGAAAGAAGUAAGAAGACUACCACUGAUUUACUGAAUCCCCUGAACCAUGAAUGACGCUAGUCUUACUUGACCUAGACAUAUAGACAAAGGUUAUGUCAUAUCUAAUUAUUUUGUAACAACCAAAAUUGUUUUGUGAUUUUCAUUGAAUGCAUGUAAACCAAUUUUGCAACUUUCAGACAAUACUAGAUAGUGUCAACUGUAGGACAAACCUUGGAAAGUUGCAUUAUUGAAUAAACGCUCUAGCACUUCUAAACUCUAUAAA